AUGUCGCAGCAGGCCAAGGACAUCUACUCGGGCAUCAAGAAGAUCUUCCCCGGCUCGCGCCGCAGCGGCAGCUUCUCGUUCACGGGCCGCAUGAGCGCGGCCGGGCUGGACGCCGAGCUGUCGGCCGAGGCGCAGGCGGCCGCGCGCGAGAAGCCCUCCAAGAAGAAGGAGGGCCGCCACUCGAGCUUCUCCCUGUCGGGCUGGCGCGAGAAGCACCGCGCGUCGUCCGAGCCCACGCAGCCCGUGGUCAUGUCGCUGCCCUACGGCGCGCAGGCCGCCACGCCCAAGGCCAAGAAGGCGCCGGCCGACGAGAACCGCCCGUCGCUCACGCAGACGCUCAACAACGCCUUCCACACGGCCCCGAGCCGCGGCAGCCUCUUCGGCGGCAGCAAGAGCAGUAGCAAGGUGGCCAGCAAGGAACAGGCCCCAAGCAGCAGCCGCAGCAGUCGCAGCAGCCGGGCCAGCCGCAACUCGAGCAGCAGCAACAAUGGCCCGCAGUCGGGCUUCUCCACGGCCUCGUUCGAGCCGCCCAAGCUCGGCGCCCGGAGCGUCAGCGCCGGCGGAGACACGCCCUGCAUGGGCAACCGCACGCUGCGCAACAGCGGCGUGCACGGCAACAUGGCGCUGCAGCUGCAGCCGGGCGCCACGCUGGCGGCCCCUGGCAGCGGCUCCAACUCGAGACAUGGACACAAGACCAAGGUGCGCGCGGCCAGCCAGAGUCUGACGGGCUUCGGCGCGGUCAAGAACGCGCCCAGCUCGUACCAGUCCAGCUCGAGCGCCUUCUCCGACCUUACCAACGGCCCGGGCCGGAGCAGCUUCCAGGGACCGACCAGCUCGGGCGUCUACACGCCGGAGAAGGCGAAGGAAGGCAAGAAGAUCAAGAAGGAGCGCGGCAUGUCGCUCACCUUCUCGUCCUCGGCCAGGAAGGAGAGGAAGCGCGAGAAGGCCGAGGAGCGCGAGCGCGCCUUGCGCGCGUCCUACUCGAAGAAGGAACAGGCGGUGGUCAAGCCCCACGCGUCCACCUGGGACUCGGACAGCGACGACGACUACGAGGACACAAAGCGCCCCACGCGCGGCCUCGACCGCCGCUCGCAGAGCAUGGACUUCAUGGAGCAGGCGCCCGAGCACCUCAUCUCGAAGAUCUGGCGCAAGAUCCCCAUCCAGGCCCGCCUGAUCGGCGGACGCGGCAACAUCGAUCUCGACUUGCAGAAGGACCGCACGAGCUUCUCACGCAGCUCGGAGGCGCGCAAAUUCGCCAUGGCCGCUGAGAAGGCCAAGGCUGCGGAGCUGCUGCGUCGCUCCAUCUCGGGCCGCAAGGAGCCGAGCCCUGUCCCUGCUGAGGAGGUGCUGUCCCCCGGUGUCGCCAAGCGCACGCGAUUCAGCACGAAGCCUAUUGUUGUUGCCUUCGAUGCGAACGACGGGGCAUCGGGCGCCUACACUGCGCUGGAGAGCUAUGACGAUGUGCUGGUGCGCGUGUGCAAGUUUGCUUCCCACGACCAGCGACCCACGACCACGAAGGUGCAGGAGUUCCUCGAACGCUCUAUGGCAUUCCUUCACGGCACGCGGACCAAGCACGGCAACGUAGUGAACAUCUCGAACGAGGAGAUCCGCAUGUGGCGUCGGCUCGCGCUGCACGACUGGAUCCUCGAGGAGGUGACGACGACCCAGGCCGCCGCCGCUCUGGGCGUCAAGGGCAAGGACGUCGAGGCGCCGUCGUCGCGCACCAGUUCCUCCGUGACGGAGGGCACUGAUAGUGAUAGUGACAGCCAGCACUCGAGAGCUCCGCGCCGGAGACUCAAGAGCACGUCGUUCCACCGAUCUCUGAGCGAGAGCGUGGUCGAGGAGGAGCCCGAGGUGGAGGAGGACGAGGACGAGCUGGAGGUGCCCUCCAACGUCAAGCUCGAGAAGCUCUGCGACGUGGUCAACUGCUGCGUGAACUUCGGCGAGGUGCUGUUCACGCCCGACGAGGUAAACGACCUGGUGCGCCUCGAGUUCAUCGUGGAGGAGGACGGCUGGAUCUAA